AAAUAAUCAAAUGGAUAGCAAAAUUAAAAUAACCACUUUGGCUAAUGAAAAUCUAUAUGUAUUAAAUUGCUUGAAUUCAGGUAGAUAAAAGCAUAAUCCUUGAAUCUCCUAUUUUGAAAGAAGCUUAUGAUAAAUCAGAGAAUGGUGAAAUAAUCAUUGAUUUUCCUUUUGAUAUUUUGGAAAUAGUGUUUGCUUUCUAUGAGAACCAUAAACAUGAAAAGGAGAUAGAAAUCUAGGCACCUCUUAACAAAUAGUCCAACUUCUAAAAUUUUAUAGACAAAAAGGAUUAUCAAAUGCUUGAAAAACUAAGCUUAAAUAAAUAAUAGUAGUUAAUCCAAACCUGCAAUCAUUUACAAUACAAUUAAUUGAUGAAAAUCACAUGUGCAUCCUUAGCCAAUAAAUUAUAAUGUAAGAAAUGAUUCUAAAUAUCAUAGACAUGGACACAGGAGCGAUCCGAUAAAUGUUCAAUAUUUAAUAGGAUUAAAGCAAAGAGCAACUAGAACGAACUUCUUUAGAAAACAAAUGGUUAAAAGAAUGA